AUGAAGAAACUAAAGAUCAGAGUUCGAUUAGGAACUCACGGGGAAGAAGGUGGGACACAAAGGCUUCUCUGGCCUGGCCCCGCCGGGCCCGGCCUUCGGUCGUCCGGACGCAGCGGCCGAACGGAGAAUCCCCAGGCUGCGGGCGGCCCUGCGGCUGUGGCUGCGCUGGGACUGGGUGUCUUGAGACAGGCGAGUGGUCUGGCACCCCCGGCUUUUGAGGUUUUCCAGCAAGAUUAUGCGGAGAAAAAACAAGAACAAAAAGAGAGUGAGUGUGACUCAUGCCAGAGUGGACAAGAAGAACCGCUUUCCAAAUCCCAUCAACUUUCUCUGGUAUCAUCUCCUACGUCUAAUGGUGUCACUGGGAAACAAAGCAUCAGAUCGUCUAUUUUAGAAUACUCAAACAAGCAUGGUAGCAUCCUGUCUCCUCACCCUGAAGAACAAUCAGGAGGUGAAGAGAGUCCCAGAUCUUUAUCAUCUUCUGAUCUGGAAUCAGGAAAUGAAAGUGAAUGGGCCAAAGACUUUGCUGCUACCAGAGCCAGCCUUCCCACAGUGUCCUCAAGACCGAGAGACCCUCUUGAUAUCCUUACCAAGAUUUUCCCAAGUUACAGGCGCAGCCAGCUAGAAGACAUUCUACAGUUCUGCAAAGGGGAUGUGGUCCAAGCCAUUGAACAGGUUUUAAAUGGGAAAGAAUACAAGCCAGACCCCAGAGACCUAGUAAGCACAAGAGAAUUGGAAAAUACAGCCUUUCAGAGAGCUUCGAAUUUUAGUCUAGCUGGAAUUGGUUUUAGAACUCUAGCUAAUAAAUCAGCUUUCUCUCCUCUUCAAACCACAUCUGCUCCUUAUGGAGGUGAUUCCGGUCUCUACAACUUACAUCCUAGAUUAGGUAUCAGUCCAUUACGGCUGGCAUAUUCUUCUCCAGGAAGAGGACUAUCUGGUUUUGUGUCACCCUACCUAACACCUGGGUUGGUGCCAACAUUGCCUCUUCGGCCAACUUUGGAUUAUGCCUUUUCAGGGAUGAUUAGGGAUUCUUCCUACUUUCCCAGUAAAGACUCUAUAACUGGUGGUAGACUUUAUUCCAGACCGAAUCAGGACAAUCUGUAA